GCGUAUGUAGUAAUUUCUCCGCACUUAGGUUUCAAGUCAGACUUUGUAGGCUACUUCCACAUUUUCCAGAAAACCUGAUUUUAUAAUUAAUUGGUGCUAUUUCUGACAAGCAGGAACGAAAGUUUGGUUUUUCCGAAACCAGACCGGACAACUGAAGAAGAGACACAGAACCGUAAUAAACUGAUGCUCAGUUCAGCGAAUCCGCGUGUUGGGAAAAGUUGUCAGAAAUUGUAAAAGCAGCAAAAAAAAUAUUAUCAAGCAAGAAAGAAAUGGCUUCUGACUCGUGGGCAUUUUCUGUCGAUCUACAAGAAGCAACAACCAAAACAAGUGAAGUGCUGUGGAUUAGAGACCGGCGAGUCAUCCCGAACACUGAAGCGAAAGAAACAGCAAAACCUCCAGAUGGUUACAAAUCAGAUGAAGAAGAAAAAGUGGACAGAGCGGCACAGUCUCUUCUGAAUAAAUUGAUCAGGAACAGCCUCGUCAACAACACGAACCAGGUGGAGGUGCUUCAGAGAGACCCGAAUUCACCACUCUACUCCGUCAAGACAUUCGAAGAGCUGCGUCUAAAACCUCAGCUGCUGCAGGGAGUCUAUGGAAUGGGCUUCAACAGACCUUCAAAAAUCCAGGAGACUGCGCUACCGAUGAUGCUGGCAGAACCACCUCAGAACCUGAUCGCUCAGUCUCAGUCCGGAACGGGGAAAACCGCCGCCUUUGUACUGGCCAUGCUAAGCCACGUAGACCCGGCAAACAAGUGGACCCAGUGUCUGUGCAUCUCUCCAACCUAUGAGCUCGCUCUACAGACAGGUAAGGUCGUGGAGCAGAUGGGCAAGUUCUACCCUGAGGUGAAACUGGCUUACGCCAUUCGAGGAAAUAGAGUUGAAGGAGGGAGCACAAUCCAGGAGCAAAUCGUGAUCGGCACCCCAGGCACCAUGUCCGACUGGUUAACCAAAAAAAAGUUGAUAGACCCAAAGAAGGUUCGGGUGUUUGUACUGGACGAGGCUGACGUCCUGAUCGGCAUGCAGGGUCACCAAGACCAAAGCAUCCGCAUUCAGAGGAAACUGCCCAAAGACUGUCAGAUGCUGCUCUUCUCUGCAACCUUCGAGGACUCAGUGUGGCAGUUUGCCGAGCGCGUCGUCCCCGAUCCCAACAUCAUCCGACUGAAGCGAGAGGAGGAGACUCUGGACACCAUCAAGCAGUAUUACGUGCACUGCGGAAGCAAACAGGACAAGUUCGAUGCACUGUGCAACAUCUACGGCGCAAUCACAAUUGCACAAGCCAUGAUCUUUUGCCAUACUCGCAAAACCGCAGCCUGGCUGUCAAACAGGAUGGCAGCAGAGGGUCAUCAGGUGGCGCUGCUGAGUGGAGAAUUGACUGUUGAACAAAGAGCGGCCAUCAUCCAGCGCUUCAGAGAAGGCAAAGAGAAAGUGCUGAUAACCACAAAUGUGUGCUCGAGAGGUAUCGACGUAGAGCAGGUCUCCGUUGUGAUCAACUUUGACCUCCCCAUGGACAAAGACAGCAACCCAGACAAUGAGACCUACCUUCACAGGAUCGGCAGGACGGGGCGCUUCGGCAAGCGAGGCCUGGCCAUCAACAUGGUAGACAGCGAGCAGAGCAUGGCCGUGCUCAAAGCCAUCGAGGAACACUUCAGUAAGAAAAUCGUUGAGCUGGACACAGAGGACCUCGAUGAAAUUGAAAAGAUUGCACACUGAGGUGAAGAGAAAAUGCACUACAUGAGAACAUAACACUUAACAUCUGCUGUCUAGUGUUCUCACUUGAAUUUAGCGCUGUUUAAUCUGAGCUAACCACAUGUUUACAUUUCCACUUGAAUUGCGUUACCUUUAAGAAAACAUUUUAAACUUCAACCUUUGCCAAAAAAAAAACAAAAAAACUUUAUCCUUAGCUGACCUUCAUUUAAUAAGUUUGAGGUUGGGGUGUUUUAUUUAUUUAUUUAUUUAUUUAUUUUUUGCUUGAUGCACUUUGUUUUCAGUAACAACUCAAAGCUCCGUAUAUGAAGCUAAUUCAUUACUGAGGGGUUUUCUUUAACCGCAUUAAUUACAUGUUCUCAUAGCUGUGUUCUCUUGUUUUCUACUGUGACAUUAACACCUUUUUUUGGUGAUACUUAAAGGACUAGACAUAUUUUUGAUGUGCUGUGGAAAGCACAUGGGUACAACAACCACCAAAGGGCAUAUUACUCAUAUCAAAAUCGUGCUGAUGUUGCACUUUGACAUUUUGUAGCUUUGAAGAAUGUGAAAGACGUCUUCCUAAAGACAUUCCUUAAGAGUAAUAUGUGAUAUUACUUAAGCACUCCUUAGAUGGAAAAACUGUUAAAUAUGCAAUUGAGAGUUUGAAGAUUUUCACCCAUCUGUUUUAGGGGGGAGUUUAUCCCUUGUGAUGGCAGUAAAAUGAAAAAUCAUUUCAUUUUUGGAUAUAAGGACCAGUUGCUAGAUAUUUGAUGAUUAUUGUGAUAGGUUUUUGUUUGUGUGGGUACUGACAUAUUCCUGGAUGAUUGGGGAUAGUUACAUUUGUGUGAUUUAUUUUACAAUAAGAAAUGGUUGAUUCAUAUUAUUUUGUUUUGUUACUUGAAAAAAGUAUGCACUUUGGUUUGAAUUGAGAAUGCUGUGGUUCGAUUUAAUUGAACUUGGUUAUAGACUAGCUGUAAAAUUUUCUUUGCAGCACUCGCAUUGUGUUUUUCUGUUCUUCUGGAUGCAGCUGUUUCGAGUUGUUUAUUGAUAUGUUCAAUAAAAAAUUCCUGCCUACUGGAA